UGGCACGACUAUAAAACAAUAGACCAACUCGGUACCUUUAAACUUUGCUCUUUCUCUGACUUUGCAGUCAACCCUGUCGUAUUCCAACACCAUGAACCAAGAGCGCAGACCACACCCAAGUCUACGACGAUUCAUGAUGUCGUAUGCCCCCGACUGGAUUAUAUCUGGUGCGCUUUGGGCAAUCUUCUGGGUCAUCGACAACCACGUCUCUGGGUUCAAGAGGCACUUCUCGCUAUCUGAUGUCUCGUUACGAUACCCCUAUGCUGUCAAUCAACGUGUCGGGACGACAGCUCUCAGCUUCAUCUCUGGUGGCAUCCCGUUUGUGAUUCAGUCCCUCGUCAAUAUUUUAACAGUCCGGUCAUGGUGGGAUUUCCAUCACAGCACCCUGGGACUGCUCCUCUCUCUGUCGAUGACAAGGACUGUCACACAUUUAGUCAAAGUCACGGUUGGUCGACCUCGGCCAGAUUUGAUCUCGCGCUGUCAGCCUGCGAUAGGCUCUGAAGACCCUCUUUGGGGGCUCUCUACUGUAGACAUAUGUACGCAGACGGUAUCAGUGAUACUCGAAGAUGGAUGGAAAAGCUUCCCCAGCGGUCAUUCCAGCAUGUCAUUUGCAGGUCUUGGAUUCCUCGCCUUUUACUUGGCCGGUAAAUUACAUCUAUUUGACACCCGAGGACAUGUCAGUAAAGCGUGGAUAUCUAUCAGUCCUCUUGCUGGUGCAUUGUAUGUGGCAACCACGCGCACUAUGGAUUACCGUCACCACUGGCAGGACGUCAUGACUGGAUCUGCGCUUGGCAUUCUCCUCGCAUAUUUCUCGUACAGGCAAUAUUACCCUGACCUAGCAUCGGCAGAUGCACAUGAGCCGUAUGCUACCCGGUUCAAAGAUACCAAGAGUAUUGAACUAGACGGAACCGACGGAACCACGGACUCGUUGCUGGAUCAUUACGAGGAAGACGGCGAAGUAAUCAGCACGAGACGUAAUCCAAGGACUGGAAUUCGACGAUAACUUUCGUUUUUGUUUCCUUUAACAUGCAACGAGUCUAUCUUUUGUACGAAUUUCGAAAUAUCAUGAUCUUACGACACAACAUGAUGAAUUUCAGUCAAGCUAGAGUG